UGUCAUGCCCAUUCACCCAUCAUCAGCAUAAUGUCCUCAACAACCCUCCGCCCCCGCCGUAUCCUCCUCGGCACAACCGGCAGCGUCGCAAGCAUCAAACUCCCAAAAGUUGUAACAAAACUCCGCGAAAUCUACAAGGAGGAAAUCGAGAUUAAAAUCAUUUCAACGGCACAUGCUUUGCAUUUUUUCAAAGUUUCGGAUGUGAAGCCUGUGGAGGUUUUAACUGAUGCAGACGAAUGGAAGGCGUGGAAGAGAAUAUCUGACCCCGUCUUGCAUAUUGAAUUGCGGAAUUGGGCUGAUGCGAUGGUGAUUGCACCCCUUGAUGCGAACACAUUGGCGAAAAUCGCAAAUGGAAUGUGUGAUAAUCUUUUGACCUGCACCCUCCGCGCCUGGGACACAACAAAACCCAUCAUCAUCUGUCCCGCAAUGAACACCCACAUGUGGGACCACCCCUUCACAACCCUCCACCUAUCAACCUGCACAACUCUCCUAAAACACACGAUCGUUUACCCAAUUUCUAAAACCCUUGCGUGUGGGGAUACGGGUGUAGGCGCCAUGGCUGAACCGGAAUCGAUUGCGAAAAUUGUGCAUGAGGUUGUUGAGAGGGUUUAUCCUGGGAGGGAUGUACGAGAGCGCGAACCGUGUUUAAAAGCUUUUGAGUAAAAUAAAAUCAUUCAAAACCAUCUUGUUUUUUAACUCGAUAUUUUUGUAAACCUGCACCAACACUCUAU